UUACUUCUUUAAUUGGACUAGUUAAUUAGAGCUCUGCAGUUGUAUGAAAUGAGUCACACAGACGACAUGUUUGUUUUUUAUCUUUAAAAUUUUCAUGAGUCAUGCCAUAUUAACAAUCGCGUUCUGCUGUCAAAUCGCUGUGCGGGAUUCCGUAGCGCUGUGUCUGCAGCAGCACUCUGCGUUUAGACAGCCGGUGAAACGCAGCGUUUUAAACACAGUCUGCGCGUUAAACUCUGCGAAAUCAAGAAUCAACGAUGAGUCGGAGUUACAACGACGAGCUUCAGUACCUGGAGAAGCUCAACAGCAACUGCUGGAGGAUUAAAAAGGGUUUUGUUCCCAACAUGCAGGUCGAAGGAACCUUCUAUGUGAACGACUCUCUGGAGAAGCUGAUUUUUGAGGAGCUUCGGAACGCCUCCCGGGGAGGAGGUGUGGGCGGAUUCCUUCCCGCUAUGAAACAAAUCGGGAACGUGGCGGCGCUGCCUGGGAUCGUACACAGGUCCAUCGGUCUCCCGGACGUUCACUCUGGAUAUGGAUUUGCGAUCGGAAACAUGGCGGCCUUCGACAUGAACGACCCUGACGCCGUGGUGUCUCCAGGCGGCGUUGGUUUCGACAUAAACUGCGGCGUCCGCCUGCUGAGGACGAACCUGGACGAGGGAGACGUUCAGCCGGUGAAGGAGCAGCUGGCCCAGUCGCUGUUCGACCACAUCCCAGUGGGGGUCGGGUCCAAGGGAGUCAUCCCCAUGGGGGCCAAGGACCUGGAGGAGGCUCUGGAGAUGGGGGUGGACUGGUCCCUGAGGGAGGGCUACGCCUGGGCCGAGGACAAGGAGCACUGCGAGGAGUACGGCAGGAUGCUGCAGGCCGACCCCAACAAAGUGUCCUCCAAGGCCAAGAAGCGAGGCCUGCCGCAGCUGGGGACUCUGGGAGCAGGAAACCACUACGCCGAGAUCCAGGUGGUGGAUGAGAUCUACAACGACUACGCCGCCAAGAAGAUGGGCAUCGACCACAAAGGUCAGGUGUGCGUGAUGAUCCACAGCGGCAGCAGAGGCCUCGGACACCAGGUCGCCACAGACGCUCUGGUUGCCAUGGAGAAGGCGAUGAAAAGAGACAAGAUCACGGUGAACGACCGGCAGCUGGCGUGCGCUCGCAUCAUGUCACAGGAAGGACAGGACUACCUGAAGGGGAUGGCGGCCGCGGGGAACUACGCCUGGGUCAACCGCUCGUCCAUGACCUUCCUCACCAGACAGGCCUUCUCUAAGGUGUUCGGCACCACGCCGGACGACCUGGACAUGCACGUCAUCUACGACGUUUCUCACAACAUCGCCAAAGUUGAGGAGCACAUGGUGGACGGGAAGCAGAGGACUCUGCUGGUCCACCGCAAAGGAUCCACUCGAGCUUUCCCCCCUCACCACCCCCUCAUCCCCGUAGACUACCAGCUGACGGGUCAGCCGGUGCUGAUCGGAGGGACGAUGGGAACCUGCAGCUACGUCCUGACGGGGACAGAACAAGGCAUGACGGAAACAUUCGGCACCACCUGUCACGGAGCGGGUCGCGCUCUGUCUCGAGCCAAGUCCCGCAGGAACCUGGACUUCCAGGACGUCCUGGACAAACUGGCCGACAAGGGAAUCGCCAUCCGGGUGGCUUCACCUAAACUGGUCAUGGAGGAGGCUCCUGAAUCGUACAAAAACGUGACAGACGUCGUCAACACGUGUCACGACGCUGGAAUCAGUAAGAAGGCGAUCAAACUGAGACCCAUCGCUGUGAUUAAAGGCUGAAGCAGCACGACUCGACUUCUAAAGACAAUUUGCACCAAACAAAGGAACUCAUUAUGUUAAAAACACAACCAGCUCGUGUACUGGAAUCGUGAAAAGCAGAUAGAUAUUCUUCCUAUUAUUUUGAUUUUGUUUUGGAAUGAAUUUAUGUUAAAGAAAAUGCAUCUGAGCAGAGAGAAAAAAUUUGAUUGAAAAUGAGAUUUCAAACCUGAAAGGAAAGUUUUGUUUGUGUUCUGUGAUCCAAAUAAAGGUGAUCACUUAAAACUGAAUUUAAUGUGAUUUAGGGUCACCAGAUAAAUCUGAGGGGUCAUGAGAUGAUUAAUGAGAGGAAAGAAGAAGAAUCAGUUUUUUUUUCAGUUUUUGGACUUUUAUCUUUGGAGGAACUGAAAACAACUCGAGACAUCUGAAACAUGACGAGGAGACACGGCUGGACGCUGUUUUUGUGGUCAGAAGACGAAAAGCUUUAAACAAGGAUUAUAUUUGAUGUAAAAUCUGAAUCUGCAAAGUAACUAAAGCUUUCAGGAAACUGUAGUGAAGUACAAUGUUUCCCUCUGAGCAACACGUCCGCAUACCUAAGCAACCAAAUAGGUUGUUAAAAUCUGUAAACUGUACAGCUGGUUUUCAGCAGAGGACCGUUCCAGAGAUUUGAUGGUAACCAUGUGACAUCACUUCGCUGUUGUUGAUGUGCCUUUUAUCCACAUGGCCAUAAACACACUUCUGUUUGGCUGUGAAGCAAUAAACACAGCAGGAAGUUCUCAUGAUAAGUAAACACUUUAUUGGUUCUAACAGAAAGUUUAUCGCCAUAUCAAAAAAAUAAAUCAACACAUUUCACCGUCAGAACAAAUUGAUUCAUUUGGCAAAUGAAAAGUUUUUAUAUGCGCAAACCUCUCUGCUGAAGAAAGUAAAAGCAGGCUGCAACAACCUUAAUAAUCAUCAAUAAACAUAUGAAACUGA